GACGUUGCGCCUUCGACAGUCGCCGGCAUCGGGAGGCGCGAACCGAGUUCUCAGGCGGCCGGUAUCCGCGCUCCGCCGACCGGCAGCCACAGUGAGGACUCGACCCUGCAAGUGAAAGGGAAGGCCGUCGCCCCCGCAGACCUAUAGAGCCGCUGUUCUGAGAAAACCCGAGCUGUUGUCACGCCGAGCAGGCAGGCAGAUCCGGGGACAGCCCGCGCGCUCCAGGACCCCGGCGGCGGCGCGGCGCGGCGGGAAGGGGGCAGUUUCAAAGCAGAGUUGUGGACUUGGCUAUCGCUGCUCGGGCGAAAUGAAGCUGCACUGCGAGGUCGAGGUAGUCAGUCGACAUUUGCCGGCUCUGGGAAUGAGGAACCGGGGUAAGGGUGUCCGGGCGGUGUUGAGCCUCUGUCAGCAGACGCCCAGGAGUCAGCCUCGGGCUGGGGCUCGGGGCGAUCGAGGCGGCCCGCACCCCCCCUGCCUGCUCAUCUCCACCCUGAAGGACAAGCGCGGGACCCGCUAUGAGCUAAAGGAGAACAUUGAGCAAUUCUUCACCAAAUUUAUGGAUGAGGGGAAAGCUACUGUUCGGUUAAAGGAGCCUCCUGUGGAUAUCUGUCUAAGUAAGGCCAAUUCCAGUAGUUUAAAGAGUUUCCUUUCAGCUGUGAGACUGGCUCAUAGAGGUUGUGAUAUUGAAGUACCACUUUCAACCUUCACACCAGUGAAGACUUCAGAAUUUGAAAAAUUGAAAACUAAAAUGGUUAUCACAUCCAAAAAGGACUAUCCUCUAAGCAAGAACUUCCCAUAUUCUCUGGAACAUCUUCAGACUUCUUAUUGUGGGCUUGUCCGAAUUGAUAUGCGUAUGCUUUGCUUAAGAAACCUAAGGAAAUUAGACUUGAGUCACAACCAUAUAAAAAAGCUUCCUGCUACAGUUGGAGACCUCAUCCAUCUUCAAGAACUUAACCUGAAUGACAAUCACUUGGAGUCAUUUAGUGUAGCCUUGUGUCAGUCUACACUCCAGACGUCACUUCGGAGUUUGGAUCUCAGCAAGAACAAAAUCAAGGCACUCCCUGUGCAGUUUUGCCAUCUCCGAGAACUUACAGAUUUGAAACUUGAUGAUAAUGAAUUGAUUCGAUUUCCUUUCAAGAUGGGACAGUUGACAAAACUGCGUUUUUUGUCAGCAGCUCGAAAUAAGCUUCCCUUUUUGCCUAGUGAAUUUAAAAAUUUAUCCCUUGAGUACUUGGAUCUUUUUGGAAAUACUUUUGAACAACCAAAAGUCCUUCCACUUAUAAUGCUUCAAACGCCAUUAACUUUAUUGGAAUCCUCUGCACAAGCCGUAUUAUGUAAUAGGAUUCCAUAUGGCUCUCAUAUCAUUCCUUUUCAUCUUUGCCAAGAUUUGGAUACUGCAAAAACCUGUGUUUGUGGAAGAAUCUGUCUAAACUCUUUUAUUCAGGGAACUACUACCAUGAAUCUACACUCUGUGGCUCACACUGUGGUCUUAGUAGAUAAUAUGGGUGGUACUGAAGCACCUGUUAUCUCUUACUUCUGUUCUCUAGCCUGUUAUGUAAAUUCCUGUGAUAUGUUAAAGUAAUAGGUGAUACCACAAAAAGAAAUUCCAUUUAGUUACAGAUUAGUUUGGGAUUCAUUUAUGGUUUAACUGUCAAACUGGAGAAAGGGAAGCCUUUCGUGUACUUGAGGGGAAGAAGGUGUUACUCUAACAUAUUCAAUCAUUUGACUGUAAAACCUUAAUUUCAUUAAAAUCUAUUUAAUUUUAUUGUGAGGAAACUUCUAUCAGUUUAUUGCACUUGUGUUGAUUUCAGUCUAGUGUUUCCAGAAUGGGUUGUGGGAUUAUCUUUUAAUGUUAAACAGAUACUGAUCCCUAUCACUCCAGUCAUAGAAUUUUCUUAUCAAUUUUCUUCUUGAAUUUUGGUUAAAGAAAUUGAAUUCCUGUAUGUAGAAAAUAUAUCUUGGAGGACUAAGUCUAAAUUUUAGUGAAAACUUUGGUAUGAAACUACAUAAGCAUACCCCUUUUUGUGUUUUUCAGGUAUAUUAUUCUACAUAUGGAAUUCUAUAUUCAAGCAUAAAGUUGGAGUUGCUUUGGGAUAAACAGACUUCAGCUUUUAUAAGUUUUAUAAUGUUACAUCUUUGUUGUGAUUUCUAAGUUUUUUAACUUUUCAGAGUUAGAACAAGGUUUUAGGGUUGGGUAGGAGGUAUAGAAAUUUGCUACUUUUUACUGACUACAUUCUGUAUUUGAAGGUUGUACUUUUUUCUGUUUAUUAUUUUAGUCACUUAAUAUUUUUAUGUUUUUAAUUUAAAAAGUGGUAAUACACCGGCUAUAGUAUGAUGAGGAUUUGAAUUAGGGUGAAGGAAUGGAAAAUGAAGCUGUUUGAAAGAAUUGUGGAAAAUGGAAUCAGAACUGCUCCAUUCUGUUCAUUCCCAUGGUCCUUCAGAUCAGCCUCUUUUUUAGAUCAUUGUAAUAGCCUCAUAACUGGUUUCUGGGAACAAAGGAGGUGAAAGAGUAAAAGUUACUGGAGAAAACCCUCUUAGGUGUUAGCAUAUCAUUGCUGUUUUGGGCCUGGAGUUACAGGUAGUCUGUGUAAGACUAUUUCUUAUGGUUUAGGGUAACUAACUACUUCCUCUAUCCUAAAAUAUUUAUUUGGAGCAUUUUAUUCUUUUCUGAAAUUACGAAUAUUCCUGAGUAAAUACUGUUUUAACUGUUAGAAGAUUUUUAUUAAAACUUUAUGUAUAUGAUUUCCAAAACAUACUUUCUUCUCAGAGUGGUUUCUUUCGUCCAGAGUAAUUCUUGGGUGACCUUAAAUUUGUAUUUCUUGUGGUCAGUUAAGUUCUUCCCGCAAAAGAUUUCUAUGUAAUUUUUAGUUUUUCAUUUAAAAAAAUCAUAUAUAAUGCAAAAAUGACUUAAAUAAAAAGAGCUGUCAUUUAGCUGCAUCUUUGUUCCAGGUGUUUUACAUACAGUAUUUUAUUUAAUCCUCACAAAUUACCCUAGGAGGUACCAUGAACCCAGAUCAGAGAUUUUAAGCCCAGGCUUUAUACGCCUUCUAAAGUUAAUUCACUUUUACUCUUUAAAACCAAGAAUUCUAUAAUUAAGUAAAACAUCUUAGAAUUUUCUAAACUCAAAAUGGUGAGGGAUUACCGAUAAAUAUUAUGUAACUACAUUAAAACAUGGUUCUUUUAAAAAUGUAUUGUGGCAGGGCACCUGGGUGGCUCAGUUGGUUAAGCGACUGCCUUCGGCUCAGGUCAUGAUCCUGGAGUCCCGGGAUCGAGUCCUGCAUCAGGCUCCCUGCUUCGCAGGGAGUCUGCCUCUCCCUCUGACCCUCCCCCCUCUCAUGUGCUCUCUCUCAUUCUCUCUCUCAAAUAAAUAAAUAAAAUCUUUAAAAAAAAAAUGUAUUGUGGCAUAUUUAACUUGUGUGUAUCUGAUUUUUAAAUGUUCUUGUAGAAAAAGUUGUUUUUAUUAUUUUUUAAGAUUUUAUUUGAGAGACAGAGUGUGCACAAGGGGGCAGAGGGGCAGAGGAAGGAGAAACAGACUACCCGCUGAACAGGGAGCCAGAAACUGGCUGGAUCCCAGGACCUUAGGAUCAUAACCUGAGCCAAGGACAGACGCUUACUGACAGCCAUUCAGGUGCCCCAAAAGUUACUUUUUUCAUCAACAAAUGCAGAUGUAUCUAUGUUGGGACUAAGUGCUAACCAGCUGUUACUCCUACACCCUAGCCCUUUGCAUUACUCAUCUACAGCCAUCCCAUGUAAAUAUCUAGGCCAACUUAAAAAUUCUUAUACAAAAUGCAGAAUUUUUCUUCUCACAACCCAUACCCUUUGUCACUUUUUGCUUUUGAUACUCAUGUUUUGCCUUCCAUGGGUUACAAGGCUCACUUUGAGUUUCAGCCUUCCAUUCCAUUUUCAGUGGUAACUGUGUACUUUCUCAAACCUCCCAAUAACCACGAAGUUGUAACAUUUGAGUAUCUCCCA